AGUAGUGAGCAGGACUGAUGUGCACCCAGAAGGAAUGAAGUAUGGAUGUGAAAGAACGUAGGCCUUAUUGCUCCCUGACCAAGAGCAGACGAGAGAAAGAGCGGCGGUCCACCAACUCCUCCGCAGACAAUGACGAGUGCAGGGUUCCGACCCAGAAGUCCUACAGUUCCAGUGAGACCCUGAAAGCUUUUGAUCACGACUCCUCACGGUUGCUCUAUGGGAACCGAGUAAAGGAUUUGGUUCACAGAGAAGCCGACGAGUACACUAGACAAGGACAGAAUUUUACCCUAAGGCAGUUAGGAGUUUGUGAACCAGCAACUCGAAGAGGACUGGCAUUUUGUGCGGAAAUGGGGCUUCCCCACAGAGGUUACUCUAUCAGUGCAGGGUCAGAUGCUGAUACUGAAAACGAAGCCGUGAUGUCCCCAGAGCAUGCCAUGAGACUUUGGGGCAGGGGGGUCAAAUCAGGCCGCAGUUCCUGCCUGUCAAGCCGGUCCAACUCAGCCCUCACCCUGACAGACACAGAGCACGAAAACAAGUCGGACAGUGACAGUGAGCAACCUGCAAACAAUCAAGGCCAAUCCACCCUGCAGCCUUUGCCACCUUCCCAUAAGCAGCACUCUGCACAGCAUCAUCCCUCCAUCACUUCUCUCAACAGAAACUCCCUGACCAAUAGAAGGAACCAGAGUCCGGCCCCGCCGGCUGCUUUGCCCGCCGAGCUGCAAACCACACCCGAGUCCGUCCAGCUGCAGGACAGCUGGGUCCUUGGCAGUAAUGUACCACUGGAAAGCAGGCAUUUCCUAUUCAAAACAGGAACAGGGACGACGCCACUGUUCAGUACUGCAACCCCAGGAUACACAAUGGCAUCUGGCUCUGUUUAUUCACCGCCUACCCGGCCACUACCUAGAAACACCCUGUCAAGAAGUGCUUUUAAAUUCAAGAAGUCUUCAAAGUACUGUAGCUGGAAAUGUACUGCCCUCUGUGCUGUAGGGGUCUCGGUGCUCCUGGCAAUACUCCUAUCCUAUUUUAUAGCAAUGCAUCUAUUUGGCCUCAACUGGCAGUUACAGCAGACUGAAAACGACACCUUUGAGAAUGGAAAAGUGAAUUCUGACACCAUGCCAACAAACACGGUCUCCUUACCUUCUGGCGACAACGGAAGAUCGGGUGGAUUUACACAAGAAAAUAACACCAUAGAUUCUGGAGAACUUGAUAUUGGCCGAAGAGCAAUUCAAGAGGUUCCUCCCGGGAUCUUCUGGAGAUCACAGCUCUUUAUUGAUCAGCCACAGUUUCUUAAAUUCAAUAUCUCUCUUCAAAAGGAUGCAUUGAUUGGUGUCUACGGCCGCAAAGGCUUACCACCGUCCCAUACUCAGUACGACUUUGUGGAGCUCCUGGACGGCAGCCGGCUGAUUGCCAGAGAGCAGCGGAAUCUGCUGGAGUCGGACAGAGCCGGGCGGCAGGCAAGAUCCGUCAGCCUGCACGAGGCUGGCUUCAUCCAGUACUUGGAUUCGGGAAUCUGGCACCUGGCUUUUUAUAACGACGGGAAAAACACAGAGCAGGUGUCUUUUAACACCAUUGUGAUAGAGUCUGUGGUGGAAUGCCCCCGAAAUUGCCAUGGAAACGGAGAGUGCGUUUCUGGAACUUGCCAUUGUUUUCCAGGAUUUCUGGGUCCGGAUUGUUCCAGAGCAGCCUGUCCCGUGCUGUGCAGUGGCAACGGGCAGUACUCCAGGGGCCGCUGCCUCUGUUUCAGCGGCUGGAAGGGCACCGAGUGCGACGUGCCGACCACCCAGUGUAUUGACCCGCAGUGUGGAGGUCGUGGGAUUUGUAUCAUGGGCUCUUGUGCUUGCAACUCGGGAUACAAAGGAGAAAAUUGUGAAGAAGCUGACUGCCUAGACCCCGGAUGUUCUAAUCACGGUGUGUGUAUCCAUGGGGAGUGUCAUUGCAAUCCAGGAUGGGGCGGUAACAAUUGUGAAAUACUAAAGACCAUGUGUCCAGACCAGUGUUCUGGUCAUGGGACGUAUCUUCAAGAAAGUGGAUCCUGUACAUGUGACCCUAACUGGACUGGCCCCGACUGCUCGAAUGAGAUCUGCUCAGUGGACUGUGGCUCCCAUGGCGUGUGCAUGGGGGGGACCUGUCGCUGUGAGGAAGGCUGGACUGGCCCCGCUUGCAAUCAGAGAGCCUGCCACCCCCGCUGUGCGGAGCACGGAACCUGCAAAGACGGCAAGUGCGAAUGCAGCCAGGGAUGGAACGGCGAGCACUGCACCAUCGCUCACUAUUUGGAUAAGAUAGUUAAAGCAGACAAGAUAGGAUAUAAAGAGGGCUGCCCUGGUCUGUGCAAUAGCAAUGGAAGGUGUACCCUGGACCAAAACGGCUGGCAUUGUGUUUGCCAGCCAGGCUGGAGAGGAGCAGGAUGUGAUGUGGCCAUGGAGACCCUCUGCACAGAUAGCAAGGACAAUGAAGGAGAUGGGCUCGUUGACUGCAUGGAUCCUGAUUGCUGCUUACAGAGUUCUUGCCAAAAUCAGCCAUACUGCCGGGGCUUGCCGGACCCUCAGGACAUCAUUAGCCAAAGUUUACAAUCGCCAUCUCAACAAGCUGCCAAACCCUUCUAUGAUCGGAUCAGUUUUCUUAUCGGAUCCGAUAGCACUCACGUCAUCCCUGGAGAAAGCCCUUUCAACAGAAGCCUGGCAUCCGUCAUCAGAGGCCAAGUACUGACUGCUGAUGGAACGCCACUUAUUGGAGUGAAUGUCUCGUUUUUCCACUACCCGGAAUAUGGAUAUACUAUUACCCGCCAGGACGGAAUGUUUGACUUGGUGGCAAAUGGUGGGGCUUCGCUCACGCUGGUAUUUGAGCGCUCCCCAUUCCUCACUCAGUAUCAUACUGUGUGGAUCCCGUGGAAUGUCUUUUAUGUGAUGGAUACCCUGGUCAUGAAGAAAGAAGAGAACGACAUUCCCAGCUGUGAUCUGAGCGGAUUUGUGAGGCCCAACCCAAUCAUCGUGCCAUCACCAUUAUCCACCUUUUUCAGAUCCUCUCCCGAAGACAGCCCCAUUAUUCCCGAAACACAGGUACUCCACGAAGAAACGACAAUCCCUGGGACAGAUUUGAAACUUUCCUACUUGAGUUCCCGAGCCGCUGGGUAUAAAUCAGUUCUAAAGAUCACCAUGACUCAGUCCGUCAUACCCUUUAAUUUAAUGAAGGUUCAUCUCAUGGUCGCUGUAGUAGGACGACUCUUUCAGAAAUGGUUUCCUGCCUCACCCAACCUGGCCUAUACUUUUAUAUGGGAUAAAACAGAUGCGUACAAUCAAAAGGUCUAUGGCCUAUCUGAAGCUGUUGUCUCGGUAGGAUAUGAAUACGAAUCUUGUUUGGACCUGACUCUGUGGGAGAAGAGGACCGCCGUUCUGCAGGGCUAUGAACUAGAUGCUUCCAACAUGGGCGGCUGGACAUUGGACAAGCAUCAUGUCUUGGAUGUUCAGAACGGUAUACUAUACAAGGGAAAUGGGGAAAAUCAGUUUAUCUCCCAGCAGCCUCCAGUGGUCAGUAGUAUAAUGGGCAAUGGACGAAGGCGCAGUAUCUCAUGCCCAAGUUGCAACGGUCAGGCUGAUGGUAAUAAACUGUUGGCCCCCGUUGCAUUAGCUUGCGGGAUCGACGGCAGUCUCUAUGUGGGAGAUUUCAACUACGUGCGGCGAAUAUUCCCUUCUGGAAAUGUCACAAGUGUUUUAGAACUGAGAAAUAAAGAUUUUAGACAUAGCAGCAACCCGGCUCAUAGGUACUACUUGGCCACAGACCCCGUCACGGGGGAUCUGUACGUUUCUGACACUAACACCCGCCGCAUUUACCGCCCCAAGUCACUCACGGGGGCCAAAGACGUGACUAAAAAUGCUGAAGUGGUGGCCGGGACAGGGGAGCAGUGCCUCCCGUUUGAUGAAGCCCGAUGUGGGGACGGCGGGAAGGCUGUGGAAGCGACACUCAUGAGUCCCAAAGGAAUGGCUAUCGAUAAGAAUGGAUUAAUCUACUUUGUUGACGGAACCAUGAUCAGAAAAGUGGAUCAAAAUGGAAUCAUAUCGACUCUCCUGGGCUCUAACGACCUGACUUCAGCCAGGCCUCUAACGUGUGACACCAGCAUGCACAUCAGCCAGGUACGUCUGGAGUGGCCCACCGACCUGGCUAUCAACCCCAUGGACAACUCCAUUUACGUCCUGGAUAACAACGUCGUGUUGCAGAUCACGGAGAACCGCCAAGUCCGCAUUGCAGCCGGGCGGCCCAUGCACUGCCAGGUCCCGGGCGUGGAGUACUCUGUGGGGAAGCACGCCGUGCAGACCACGCUGGAGUCGGCGACCGCCAUCGCCGUGUCCUACAGCGGGGUGCUGUACAUCACCGAAACCGAUGAGAAGAAAAUCAACCGGAUCAGGCAGGUCACCACCGACGGGGAGAUCUCCUUAGUGGCUGGAAUACCCUCCGAGUGCGACUGCAAAAACGAUGCCAAUUGUGACUGCUAUCAGAGUGGCGAUGGCUACGCCAAAGAUGCCAAAUUAAGCGCCCCGUCCUCGCUGGCGGCUUCUCCAGACGGCACCCUGUACAUUGCAGACCUGGGGAACAUCCGGAUCCGGGCGGUGUCGAAGAACAGGCCUCUCCUGACCUCUCUGAACUUCUAUGAAGUUGCCUCGCCAACUGACCAAGAGCUCUACAUCUUCGACGUCAACGGCACCCAUCAGUACACCGUGAGCUUAGUCACCGGGGACUACCUGUACAACUUCAGCUACAGCAACGAUCACGACAUCACGGCGGUGACCGACAGCAAUGGCAACACCCUAAGGAUUAGACGGGACCCCAAUCGGAUGCCGGUGCGGGUGGUGUCUCCAGACAACCAGGUGAUCUGGUUGACCAUAGGAACCAACGGAUGCCUGAAAAGCAUGACAGCUCAAGGCCUUGAGUUGGUGUUGUUCACCUACCAUGGCAACAGCGGCCUGCUGGCCACUAAAAGCGACGAAACCGGCUGGACGACAUUUUUUGACUAUGACAGUGAAGGUCGCCUGACAAAUGUGACGUUUCCAACUGGAGUGGUCACAAACCUUCAUGGGGACAUGGACAAGGCAAUCACAGUGGACAUUGAGUCAUCCAGCCGAGAAGAGGAUGUCAGCAUCACUUCAAAUCUCUCCUCGAUUGAUUCCUUCUACACCAUGGUCCAAGAUCAACUGAGAAACAGCUACCAGAUUGGUUACGACGGCUCCCUCAGAAUUAUCUAUGCCAGUGGCCUGGAUUCCCAUUACCAGACAGAGCCCCAUGUCCUCGCUGGCACAGCUAACCCUACGGUGGCCAAGAGAAACAUGACUCUCCCUGGUGAGAGCGGUCAAAAUCUGGUAGAAUGGCGAUUCCGGAAAGAGCAAGCCCAAGGGAAGGUCAAUGUCUUUGGUCGAAAGCUGAGGGUGAACGGCAGAAACCUCCUCUCGGUCGACUUUGAUCGAACCAGCAAGACAGAGAAGAUCUAUGAUGACCACCGUAAAUUUCUGCUCAGGAUCGCUUAUGACACAUCAGGGCACCCCACCCUGUGGCUACCCAGCAGCAAGCUGAUGGCCGUCAACGUCACCUACUCAUCCACAGGCCAGAUUGCCAGCAUCCAGCGAGGGACCACCAGUGAAAAAGUAGACUAUGACGGACAGGGGCGGAUUGUGUCUCGCGUCUUUGCUGAUGGUAAAACCUGGAGUUACACCUACUUAGAAAAGUCCAUGGUUCUCCUGCUUCAUAGCCAGCGGCAGUACAUCUUUGAAUACGACCUGUGGGACCGGCUCUCCGCCAUCACCAUGCCCAGCGUGGCUCGCCACACCAUGCAGACCAUCCGCUCCAUCGGCUACUACCGCAACAUCUACAACCCUCCGGAGAGCAACGCCUCGGUCAUCACGGACUACAACGAGGAGGGGCUGCUCCUGCAGACGGCCUUCCUGGGGACCAGCCGGAGGGUCUUGUUCAAAUACAGGCGCCAGACCAGGCUCUCGGAAAUCUUGUACGACAGCACCAGGGUCAGUUUUACCUACGACGAGGCAGCGGGGGUCCUGAAAACGGUCAACCUCCAGAGUGAUGGCUUCAUCUGCACCAUUCGGUACAGGCAGAUCGGCCCGCUCAUUGACCGGCAGAUUUUCCGCUUCAGUGAGGACGGGAUGGUCAACGCGAGGUUUGACUACAGCUAUGACAACAGCUUCCGCGUGACCAGCAUGCAAGGGGUCAUCAACGAGACCCCGCUGCCCAUCGACCUCUACCAGUUCGAUGACAUUUCGGGCAAAGUGGAGCAGUUUGGAAAAUUCGGCGUGAUCUACUACGAUAUCAACCAGAUCAUUUCCACCGCCGUCAUGACUUACACGAAGCACUUCGACGCUCACGGGCGCAUCAAGGAGAUUCAGUACGAGAUCUUCAGGUCGCUCAUGUACUGGAUUACAAUUCAAUACGAUAACAUGGGCCGGGUCACCAAGAGAGAGAUCAAAAUAGGGCCCUUCGCCAACACCACCAAGUACGCGUAUGAGUACGACGUUGACGGGCAGCUGCAGACCGUCUACCUGAACGAGAAAAUCAUGUGGCGGUACAACUACGACCUGAAUGGGAACCUCCAUCUGCUGAACCCCAGCAGCAGCGCCCGCCUGACGCCGCUCCGCUACGACCUGCGAGACAGGAUCACUCGGCUGGGGGAUGUGCAGUACCGGCUGGAUGAGGACGGGUUCCUGCGUCAGAGAGGCACAGAGAUCUUUGAAUACAGCUCCAAGGGCCUUCUAACUCGAGUGUACAGUAAGGGCAGUGGCUGGACCGUCAUCUAUCGCUACGAUGGCCUGGGAAGGCGUGUGUCCAGCAAAACCAGCCUGGGACAGCACCUGCAGUUCUUCUACGCCGACCUGACGUAUCCCACUCGGAUUACUCACGUCUACAACCAUUCGAGUUCAGAGAUUACCUCCCUCUAUUACGAUCUUCAAGGACAUCUUUUUGCCAUGGAAAUCAGCAGUGGGGACGAGUUCUACAUCGCGUCGGACAACACAGGCACGCCCUUGGCCGUUUUCAGUAGCAACGGGCUGAUGCUGAAGCAGGUUCAGUACACCGCCUACGGGGAAAUCUACUUUGACUCCAAUAUUGACUUUCAACUGGUCAUUGGAUUUCACGGUGGCUUGUAUGACCCGCUCACCAAGUUGAUCCACUUCGGAGAGAGAGACUAUGACAUUUUGGCAGGACGGUGGACAACACCUGACAUAGAAAUCUGGAAAAGAAUUGGGAAGGACCCAGCGCCUUUUAACCUGUAUAUGUUUAGGAAUAACAAUCCUGCUAGCAAAAUCCACGAUGUGAAGGACUACAUCACAGAUGUUAACAGCUGGCUGGUGACAUUUGGCUUCCAUCUGCACAAUGCUAUUCCUGGCUUCCCUGUUCCCAAAUUUGACUUAACAGAGCCAUCUUACGAACUCGUGAAGAGCCAGCAGUGGGAUGAUACACCGCCCAUCUUUGGAGUCCAGCAGCAAGUGGCGAGGCAAGCCAAGGCUUUCCUGUCGCUGGGGAAGAUGGCCGAGGUGCAGGUGAGCAGGCGCAAGGGCGGCGGGGAGCAGUCGUGGCUGUGGUUCGCCACGGUCAAGUCACUGAUCGGCAAGGGCGUCAUGCUGGCCGUGAGCCAGGGCCGCGUGCAGACCAACGUGCUCAACAUCGCCAACGAGGACUGCAUCAAGGUGGCGGCCGUGCUCAACAACGCCUUCUACCUGGAGAACCUGCACUUCACCAUCCAGGGCAAGGACACGCACUACUUCAUCAAGACCACCACGCCCGAGAGCGACCUGGGCACGCUGCGGCUGACGAGCGGGCGCAAGGCCCUGGAGAACGGCAUCAACGUGACCGUGUCGCAGUCCACCACCGUGGUCAACGGCAGGACUCGCAGGUUCGCCGACGUGGAGAUGCAGUUCGGGGCGCUGGCGCUGCACGUGCGCUACGGCAUGACGCUGGACGAGGAGAAGGCGCGCAUCCUGGAGCAGGCGCGGCAGCGCGCACUGGCCCGAGCGUGGGCGCGCGAGCAGCAGCGCGUGCGCGACGGAGAGGAGGGCGCGCGCCUCUGGACGGAGGGCGAGAAGCGGCAGCUGCUGAGCGCGGGCAAGGUGCAGGGCUACGACGGGUACUACGUACUCUCGGUGGAGCAGUACCCCGAGCUGGCCGACAGCGCCAACAACAUCCAGUUCCUCCGACAAAGCGAGAUCGGGAAGAGGUAACACCCUGGGCCCCGCGCCCCUUCUUCUGCAAAGAAGGCCAAACCGCGUUGCUGCAUUUUCUCUUGAGCCUCAACCACCCCUUUGCUCAGAUUUUUCUGUAGCACAAUCUGCAUUGGACUCUCCGAGACAGAAGAGCCUCCCAGGAGAAUGAGACUGCUAUUACCAAUCAUCAUCCUCAUCAUCCUACAAAUCCACAAAAGUAAAUAAAUAAAAAGGAGAGGACAACUUUUUUUUUCCUGAAUGACCUUAAAGGUGAUCGGCUUUAAAGAAUAUGUUUACAUAUGCAUAUCGCUGCACUCUCAGUUGGACUGAAAGUAUUAUGAGGAAAGAAAAGAAAAGCAAAGCCUAAACAUUUUGAGAUAGGCUGUCUGUUUCCUUUGAGGCACUGUAGUUAAGGUAAAAAAAAAAGGCAUACAGUGUUUCCAAAUAUUACCGAAUUGUCGACCGUUGCUUACAAGAAGUAGUCUCUCUGCAUAGGAUGUGAUAUAUAUCUCUGUUAAUUUUAAAACGUGGGGCAAAGUUGCUGUUUCUAGACAACCCAACUGCUUCCCCUGUGCUGCUUUGUGGAAGGACAUGGGCACAAGUGACUUCAGCGACAGUGGGGGGAGGGGAUUUAAUAACGGAUUUUACAAUGCUAACAUGGUUUGCCUUGGGGAGGGAAGAACUGGGGAAUAGAAUCCCUGUCACUGAUAAGCAAAGGAAACCUUGAUUUUUUUGUAAAUUAUGUGAGACAAGUUGUUUAUGGAUUUUUAUAUGAAUUACAAUUUACUGUACAUCAAAUAUUAGUCUCAGAGGAGUUAAUUUAUGUAAAGUGUUUAAAAAGUUUAUACUUAAAGAAAUAAAACGAUAAAAACAUGUGACCUGUGUGAUUUUUUAAAAGGAUUGCACCUUUUGUUAUCUGUUAUAGCUGUACAGUAUAAAUUAUUAUAUUGUAGAGAUAUAACAACUUAUGCCUAUAAUGUCCAGAAGUGUUAAUAUUUUUGUAUUAGGUGGAGAACAUGUGCAACUUUCUACCAUUAGAGAUAGGACAUUGCAAUCCUACGUGGGUGGCUAAUUUGAGAACGGCUCUUUUUCUCCAAGCCGGUGCCCUCAACCGUUGGCUACUUGAGACACCAGAGCAGGCGAAGGCUGGUGGGCAGUCCAGGAAAAUCCAUGACACCCAUGAGCAGGGUGAGGGGCUCUCUGGGGAGUUGAUUGGCUUAACAGCUAUUCCUGUUCCCUGGCGUUCAGCUGCAGGAUGGAGGAGCGCACAUCAGAUGCUGGCCAGCAGGGAAGCAUCUCACAUAGCCUUGACCCUAGUAAACACACGUGUCUUCUUAAGACCUGGGGAAGGUGGUGGACCCAGAGGAGCAAUGAGAGCCAGCUGGAAAAGGUCAGGCACACUCUGUUAGGCUUGGGUUUGAACCCUCAGGUCAUGUCGGGGAGAGGUGGGGUACCAAAGAAGGAGAUAAAAACGUUCCUGUGAGCCCACAUGACCAACACCUCCCCAGCUCCCCACCCUAAUCUGUGCUGGGGAAGCCCGCAAGGCAAAUCCAGCUGGAAGUGGCCUGACAGCCUCCCCCCUCCUGCUCCACGGGGGCGGGAGCGUCGCCGCUGCCAUCUGAUCUGCACUUCGGCACCCGCCCGGCCGCUCUCUCAAAUCUCCUUCAUGAGCACUAAAUUCAGCCACAAAAAAAAUAUUUUUAGAAAAUAUUUCUCAGUUCAUUGAGCUAUAGUACACACUGUUUUCCUCUAUGUAUAAUGGUGAUAAAAUAUAGCAAGUGAACAUGUCGUAAAUAUAAAGGUUCAAGUGAUGUAUUGAAAAUAAUUUUCUAACUGCUUUGUAUGUAUCACAUACUCUAAAUUGCACAGUAGGCGUGUUAAUAAACAGAUUGGCUGGGAGAGUUUCAAAAUAGCGACUGAGUUUCCGGCAUCAGUGCUAUGACUGUCUUUGUGUAUUUGGUAGAGCAUACCGAAGUAAUUAAUCUUCUAAUGAAUGCUGAUAUUUUAUUAGAAUGAAAGCACAGAUUAGCAUUAAUAUUUUUUAUCCUGGAAAUCCUUUGGCGAGUGUGACGAAGCCCAAAUUUAGGAAACGAUGAGAUUUCAAACCACACGAACAUGGCUGUUUUCCAUUUUAUUUUUAACUCUUAGUGUAGGUAUUGCAGUUCUGUCUGGUGGAGCGUCCGCAGGACUGUAUGUAGCAUGCUGUAAGUACUUUUGGGUGAAAUAGGCCCUGAGUCUAACUGCGCAGAAACGUUCCUCACAUGGUGACCGUGAAAAGCGUGUGCCACGUGACAGAAGUGACGUCAUAGGCUUGGCCUCUUCUUCACAUGGACUGGUCCUUUCCAGUGGGGCACCGAGAAGUCACAGAUUUGGAGCAGUGUAGCUCCUGGUGCUUAUUUUAGAUGAAGUCAAAUCAACCCAAUUAGUGUCUUGUUAGUAGGUAUAACGAGCCUAUUUCUUUCUAAAAAGACUUGUGAUCUGGACAUGCUUUUACAAGAAAUAGUGACCUUGGGGAAUAUGUAAACAAAAGAACAUUUUUUUCUAAUAGUUUGGGGGAGGGUAGGGAACUAUAUAAUGAAAAGAAUUAGCUUACAGGAAAAAAAAUUGAUAUUCAAAGUAUUUUAGGCAAAGCCAGUCAAAAAUGCUUUCAUGAUAUUUUGAGAUGUAAAUUUGUCUGAUUUGUAUUGUUCUUUUCAUUUGCCUUCUUAACUUUAUAUGUGACCUGAAUUUUCCAUAACUUGAUGACUAUAGAUUGCAUCUAGGCAUUCCAAUAAAAGCCAACCCAAUGUG